UCAGAGGAUGGGGGCGCGCGGCGGGGCGCGGCUGUCCCAGAAGGUAGGGCGCAAGAAGCGGCGGCUGGCCGAGGGGCGCGCCGAGCUGCAGCAGAGGCCGGCCGAGGGGGCCGAGGGGCGCGCCGAGCUGCAGCAGAGGCCGGCCGAGGGGGCCGAGGGGCGCGCCGAGCUGCAGCAGAGGCCGCUGGCUGAGGCUCUCCACAUCCCCGGGCCCCAGCGCAGCAUCUAUUUCAUGAGCUCAAAGGACAGUCCUGCCAGACUGGGGACAGAGUUCUUCAACCAGCCAGCCGUCUCCCUGGCACGGGCGUUUCUGGGUCAGGUCCUUGUACGGCGGCUUGCUGAUGGCACCGAGCUCCGUGGCCGCAUCGUGGAGACGGAGGCGUACGUGGGGCCUGAGGAUGAAGCAGCCCACUCCCGUGGUGGCCGGCAGACCCCCCGCAAUCGUGGCAUGUUCAUGAGGCCAGGGACCCUGUAUGUCUACAUCAUCUACGGCAUGUACUGCUGCAUGAACGUGUCCAGCCAAGGGGACGGCGCCUGUGUGCUGCUGCGUGCACUCGAGCCCCUGGGGGGCCUGGACGCCAUGCGGCAGCUACGCUGUGCCCUCCGCAAAGGCACCGCUGGUCGUGCCCUCAAGGACCGUGAGCUCUGCAGUGGCCCCUCCAAGCUGUGCCAGGCGCUAGCCAUCGACAAGAGCUUCGACCAGCGGGACCUAGCUCGGGACGAGGCCCUGUGGCUGGAGCGCAGUACCCCUGGGCCUGGAGUGCCCACUGUGGUGGCAGCAGCCCGGGUGGGCAUUGGCCAGGCAGGAGAGUGGGCCCAGAAGCCCCUGCGCUUCUACAUUCAGGGAAGCCCCUGGGUCAGUGUGGUGGACAGAAUGGCUGAGCAAAGGGCCUGCUCACCCGAGUGAGGCUUUUUAAUGGGACUUUGAACAAAUAAAGGAUUUAUUUGUAGAAAACUA